AGGCACCGGACAAAUGUGAGCCCCGUGCCAUUUGGUCCGUCGUGCAGUAUACUCCAAGGCGGUUCCUUAGAAGUUCGUUUUUGCUGUCCGCUUCGACACCUAUACACUCAAUUCCGUUUGUCACAAUGGGCGCCACUCAACCAGUCUCAGCAUUCUCCAAGGGACAGUUCGUCCCCCCGGACAGCAUCUUCGACGUGACGAGGAGAUAUGUCGGUGAUACGUUCGCGCACAAAGUCAAUCUGGGCCAGGGAACCUACCGCGAUGAGAAUGGACAGCCGUGGGUAUUGCCCUCGGUGCGAAUGGCAAAGGAGAUUGUGCUCGACGCCGGACACGAGUACCUGCCGAUCGCGGGGCUUCCGCAGUUUCGUGACGCAGCCGUCCGGCUUGUUUUCCACGGGACAAAGGCCCUUGAAGAAAAUAGGGUGGCCUCCUGCCAGUCGGUGUCGGGCACAGGAGCCCUCCUACUUGCAGGACUCACAAUAAAGAAAGCAGGCUGCAGUGUGAAAACCGUCUACAUCACGGAUCCUACUUGGUCAAAUCACAGCCUGCUAUUUAGCUCCAUUGGCUUUGAGGUCAAGUCUUUGCCGUACUACAAGGAUGGAAAGUUUGACUUUGAUCGCUACGUGGAAGCCCUGCAAGCUGCCGAUGACGAGUCUGCAUUGGUGAUGCAUGCGUGCGCCCACAACCCGACUGGUUGUGAUCCGUCUCGGGAUCAAUGGAAGAAGAUUGCGGCAAUCGUCAAGGAGAAGAAUAUCUUCCCCAUCUUUGAUUCCGCGUACCUGGGCUUCAAUUCAGGCUCCGUCGACGAGGAUGCAUGGGCGAUCAAGUAUUUUGUCGAGGACCUCGGCCUCGAAGCCUGCGUCUGCAUGUCCUUUGCCAAGAGCAUGGGCUUGUACGGAGAGCGCAUCGGACUCACUGCCAUGGUUGCCAACUCGGCAGAUGCAGCUCGCACAGUUGGAUCAAUCCUGGCGAAUUCCCAGCGAGCAACCAUUUCCAAUCCCCCAGUGUAUGGAGCCCGAAUUGCAGCGACUGUUCUGGACACGCCGGAAAUCGCCGAGCAGUGGAAGAAGGAUUUGGUGACUAUGUCAACGCGCAUUCUAUCCAUGCGCCAGAAGCUCUUUGACGAACUGCAAAGCCUCAAAACGCCUGGGGAUUGGUCGCACAUCAUCAGUCAAUCGGGCAUGUUUGGAUACAUGGGAAUCAGCUCCGCCCAGAUCAGUUAUCUCGAGACCAAAUACCACAUUUACAUGGCAGAUACAUCGCGAAUCUCAAUUGCGGGGCUGAACGAUGACAAUGUGAAGUAUGUAGCUCAGGCGUUGGAUGAUGCUGUGCGUACAAUUGUUUGAUAGAAGUCUUCAGUAAUUAGUCUAUCAAAUGC